CCUUGUAGCUUUUGUGGCGGUAACACACCUUAAGCUGUUUGCUAAUCGUCAUUAUACAAGAAGAAAAAUAACCAUAUAAAAGGUUGGCUCCGGUGACAUGUAAGCUGAAGAAAGAGCAGGACACCCACUAGCUUAAAUGCUACCACACCUUCAAAUGUGCUAACUGCGUUAGCUUCAGUCACUUAACGGGCGUUUUCAACAUGGCGGGCGGCGCUUCUGGCUCCUCAUUGUAUCCCAUCUGUCGGUAGCUGAAGAAAGAGCAGGAUACAUUUCACCGACUGCAGGGUGGAGGAAGACAUCAUUAAAGAGGACAAGCAGAAAAGACGCAUCCGGAACCAGAAACCUGACGAUGUGACCAAAGAGCGUCGUCUAAACGGGUAAUACAGAGCAGCUGUAUUGACGCUUUUUAUCUACACACCUGCUAGUUAGCUUACGUUAGCUAUCAGACGUGUCGUGUGAGCCCGGCUGCGGACUUCGGUUCGUCCCAAGCGACCAUGACUCCUCCUCAGCAGCAGCUGCAGCAGGUCAACCACUUUCAGCAACAUCCCUCCAUCAUCACCCAGAGAGUGCAGCUAACUUUAAAACUAUUUCUGCUGGAAAAUGCCCGGAAUACACUUGAACAAGAACUUCACAACCUCACCAAGAAGGCCUAUGAAGAGGUUCAAGGUUUCUUGAAUUCAUCUUUCCCCACGAGUGUUUUCAGUGAUCUCACAAAGGCUUUGGAUACAAAAUGUCAAGCCAUGGACAAGCUCUCAGCUUUAUUGAAAGACAUCACAGUUGGAAUGCCCUCUUUUGGCAUGUAUCUGGACAACGCAGGUCAGCAAAGUCAUUGGGACAAAUUUGAGUGUAACACCAUCAAGGAGCAACAACUCUGUGUCGAGCCCUCUGUCAAAAACGGAUUGAGAACAAAUCUGCUUCAGCCACUCCGAGACAAAGGGAUCCUAAUGACACACGUUGUCAAGUUUGGGCCCAUGUUGCAGAACUCGCUCAUGGCAAGCUCCAUAGCCAAAGCAGUCCAGGUGCUUGGAGCCACGCUGUCCCUCCAGCAAUUGAAACAUUUCCUCAUCUCCCAGCCUGCAGCGGUCCAGCAGGAUGACAUGAUAUGCAGCAUCUCAUCCAGCUACAACAGCGCCGUUGCGACCACGAGCUCAUCCUCUCACUUAGCGGCUAAAGAAGAGGAACGCCCAUCAGAUGCUGUGAUUCUUCCACCUGCGAUCACUGAGGGACCCGGGAUUAACCCAGAGAGACCACCACCAGUACUGCUACCUCCCAUACAAGCUGUACUCCCAGAGAACAGUAACCCUAAACCAAUGAAAAUAACACCGCUAAUUAGAUGGGGAUGUGAGGAUGAUGUCCAGGUGCAACACCAAAAACAAACAUCCUCUCAGCUGCUCCACUUCCUCAGGGCAAAAGCUAAGAACAUGGGUGCACUGGAGGUCAUGGAGUGGAGUAAAAGUUUGCUGCAGAGUCCUACCAUCAAAACACAAAGCUACCAAUUUAGACAUGAUGAGACAGAUGAUCUGAUCAAUGCACUUGCACCGAAAACAUUAUGUGCAGACAUAGAAAACCAAGCCCCAAUCUUCAGAGUAAAAAGAGUUGAAUCAAGUGGCUCUCUGACCUAUACUUGUGUGAUUGCAACAAAGACUGAAUUGUGGGAUAUCGGAGACAUCUUCGCAGUGAUGGGACAGGGAGACCUUGAUGCUAGCCCCUUGGAAGAUAAAGACUGUCAGAGUAUAUCAUCUCAAGUGGAGCACUCCUGUCUAAACGUCCAGUGGGAAACCCAAACAGAUCCGAAGCAUGAGAGCAUUUCUGCUGAUGCAAAAACCCCAGUAACCAAUGGUAUUACCAUCCCUGAGUUCCAUAUUCGGAGGUUUGAAGAGACUGAGGUUGUGGUGUCUCAUAUUGUCAGCCCAGGCAACUUCUACGUCCAGCAGGCAGACUCCACCACGAGGCUGCAGGCCCUUGUCACAGACAGCUGGAAAGCCAGUAGUUCAUAUGCGGAGCAGAACUGCAUUCCAGACAUUGGAACCCAAGUAAUGGGUUGGUUCCCGAAGCAAGAACAAUGGUGCAGGGCUCAGGUGACGAAGAUAUGUGGAGUGAGCAGAGAUAAAAAUGUCACUGAUGGUACUGGGGGUGAGACAUCCAUCAAGGUGGAGGUGAAGAGGCUGGACUACGGUGACACCACCUGCCUGUUGCUGUCGAACAUCAAGGAGCUGACCCCAGAAAUGACCGUCCUUCCUCUUCAGGCUGUACAGGUCUCACUGGCAAAUGUGACGCCCGUGAAUGGGAGUGAUUGGUCCGAGGAGGCAGUGGGCUGGUUCAGAGCAAUGGUGCACAACAGAACGCUGUAUGCCAGACUUUACCCACAGGGGCCCAAAGUUACGGUUGAGCUGUACUUGGAAAAGGGAAAGCUCGGAGCUAUGAGGAGGGGUGCAUCACUGUCUUUGAGGCUGGCCCAGAACGGACAUGCGAAACAUAACAAACUGAAGAAUGUCGGCCUCAUGAAAAACAGCACUGUUCAACUGAAGAUGAGACAGGACUCAGAGUGGGAGAAGUACCUCAUCUCGUGCUAUACUCAGAAUAGGAAGUAACUCAGACAGCAGGGAAUGUGUGUAGUUUUGCUGGUGUCCGGCUUGUCCGACAGCAAACCGGUGUGAAAUGUAAAACACAAAUGGCAGCCCUGCCAUUGUGCACGCAAAUUUAAACACUGAAAUAUUCAGUGAUUCUUAAAUGAGACAUAAAUCAUCCAGUUUCAGUCGACCAUCUGUACAUACAGUGGACUUUCAGGUUACAUAUCGACAAGCUGCUGCGACUGGCACUUUGCAGUACGUGGACAAAUCAAGGAUAUUUAAAUAAACAAUAAAAUGAAUAUUAAUAAAAUAAAAUGAAAGGCAUUGACUGGAUUAGUACACAAUAAGGAGCAUGUAUCAGCUUCCUUGUGUAUUUUUAGGUCUUAACAUUGUGUUCUCUGUCACAUCACUGGAACUCAAGAUUUUCUUUUUUUGUUUACUCAGAUUCUAUUUUUUUAGAGUCAGACAAGUUGUGACUAUUGUCUUUAAAGCAUUGAUAGAAUAGUGUGAAAGAUUUUUUUUAAGUAUGUAUAAUGUAUGGGGACAUAAAUACCUAAUUGUGGUGCAUUGUGUUUUAUUUAGAACAUUUCCCCUUUUUAUUUCAUACUUUUCCUUUAACCAUGACGAGGUUAUUCCAGCCACUAGGCGGUGCCAGUUCAGUCAGAUAACCCGCCAUCUAUUAAGUGAUGCUUGAUUUGUCUGUGUGCCACAUGCAGUAGGUCUAAUGUUAUUUAAUUGUUUAUGUAUCGCUUUCAUUUCAUAUUCAUUAUCAGAGCCAUGUUGCCUUCGUUGAUGUUGAGUUCUUAUACAAUGGCAGAUCUAUUAUUUUGAAUGUACACUGUAUAUAUCUCUGCUCUCAUAAUAAACCCG